AAAUAACAAUAUAAGGGAUGUAGAAUGAUUGCUUUGCUUUGCUUUGCUUCAGAUGAGGUAAUUAAGUACUUCCUCAGUCGCUUGAAAAUCUCUCUCUGGGGGCUGGUCCCUGGAAGAGGGGUACAUAGAGCCCUAAGGGAGACCUUAGACAAAUUCCUGCCUCCAAAUGCCCACGAGCUGGUGUCUGGAAAGCUGCACAUUAUCCUCACCCGCCUGCACGACUGGAGAUGCGUGACAGUGUCCGAGUUUGCCUCGAAGGAGGAGCUGAUUCAGGCUGUGAUGUGCAGUUGCUUCGUUCCACUGUAUUUUGGGAUUUUCCCUCCAACGUUCCGUGGGGUGCGCUACGUGGACGGGGAGCUGGCCAUGUGGAAAGCCGACUUCGUGUCCCGCACCACCAUCACCAUCUCUGGCUUCGCCGGC